UAUUCACUCCACACGUGUGGAGCUCUUUGCUUGGGAACGUCACUCUCUGCACGCAUACAGUACAAUUGUGUCUUAACGUCUGAAUCGCUCACCUUUUAAUUGUUGAUUGUGACUGUCGUGUCACGAAUUUUGAUUUACGUACACGGUGUUCUCGAGCACGUGUGUAAUCUUGCUGGUUUGACGCUCGAUUUGCGACGUCAUCACCUGUCACACCGCAAGACAUUGAUUAAAAUGACUUGCAACAAAACGGAUGCAAAUAAGGAAGUGUUUGUUAGCUCCAACAGCGGUGAUACAGAGGAGGACAAGAAAUUAUUGGAACCAUUAACAUACAUAUUGAAUACCCCUGGAAAGUCACUUAGAAAAAUAUUAGCUAAAGCCUUUAAUUACUGGUUAAAAAUACCAGAUGAUAAGCUUCAGAAAAUUGACGAGAUAGUAGAUAUACUCCAUAAUUCAAGCAUUCUGCUUGAUGAUAUUGAAGAUAAUGCUAUAUUAAGAAGAGGAAUUCCUGCUGCUCAUUCAGUUUACGGAAUUGCCCACACGAUAAAUGCUUCAAAUUAUGCAAUAAUUAUUGCUCUAGAAAAAGUUAUGGCUCUACAACAUCCAGAGGCAAUAAAAAUAUUUACUGAGCAGUUAUUGGAACUUCACAGAGGCCAGGGUGCGGACAUUUAUUGGAGAGAUAAUCAUAUUUGUCCAACUGAGUUUGAAUAUAGGAUUACAGUAGUAAAAAAAACUGGUGGCCUCUUUAAGCUGAUAGUACGGCUGAUGCAAUUGUUCACAAAAUUCGAGGAAGAUCUCAUGCCACUAGUGGACACUUUAGGAUAUUUGUUUCAAAUACGCGAUGAUUAUUGCAACUUGUGCACCAAAGAGUAUAGUGAUAAGAAAGGUUACUGUGAGGACUUGACAGAAGGAAAAUUCAGCUUUCCAAUUGUUCACGCAAUCCAGUCCCAUCCCGAGGACAUAGAAAUACUCAAUCUGUUGAAACAACGGCCAGAGGAGGUUGCGAUCAAACGCAAAUUCGUAGAUAUACUGGAGAAAUACGGUUCCUUCAGUUACACGAGGGAAAAAAUUCGGGAGUUGGACGAGGACGCGAAGAGAGAAAUCAAACGCUUGGGCGAGAAUCCGCUAUUAUUAGAGUUCCUGGAUAAGUUGUCAGGAAUUGCCAAAGAUUGUAAUAAAGACUCUAAUGUCAGUGAGGCACCUAAUCCUAACCAGGGAUUAGAAAUUUGAGCCUAACAUCUACUCUUUAAGAUGUUUUCAUAUUUUUCUAUGGUGUGAGAUUAGAUCCUUCGCAGCGGGUAAUGUAAUAUAUGUAAUGAUACAUGAUAUUUCUGCAGAUCAUGAGGCGAACUAAUAGUCGAUAUUAUCUCGUUCUUUGUUUCACUAUUGAUAUCUGUUGAUAUCUGUUGAUAUCUAUUGAUAUCUAUUGAUAUCACUAAAUUAGUGUUUUCGAGUAAGUAAAAAAUUAAUUAUGUUAGUAAUGUUAGUAAUGAUUCUUUUUCUGUACAGAUGCACAAUGAAGGUUACUCUCUUUCUCCCUCUUUCUCUCUCAAGAUUAUUUAUUGACAAUUUUAACAUGAAUGUAUAAUAGUUUAUUGACAUACACACAAACCAUGUUUUGUGGUUGUUUUGUACAUCAUGCAAUUACAUGAGUAUUAUUAUACAUUUGUACCUGUGUAUGGUUCCGAAAUAUAUUGAUGACAUAAAAAAA